AAGCUUGUAAAGCCCUCCUCUCGGCUAAGUCUGCAGUGUGAGCAGGGGGCUGGCUCACUCCGUAGCCCCAUGGAGAUUUUUGCUGAAACUUUUUGUUGGCUUAGAAGGAGUAAAAGAGAUAAAUGCAGCGGUGCUUCGGAAAACUUUGGUUCUUGAACAGAAACGGAUUUAGUCUGGGUUCUUUUAACUCACUGGAUUACAGAAACUCGAGAGACUUUCCUGUUUCAAAUUUCAUAUCGUGGUUUUGCUGUCUUGACGUCCUGGCGGGACUUGUUUUGGAGGGUGGUGACAAACUAUGGCUGAUAUCACCUGUGCCAUUGCCCAGCAAGAUCUAAGGGUCUAACUACGCCAUGUCUAACGGGGGCGGGGCUCCCAGUAGCUCCACUCACCUGUUGGACUUCCUAGAGGAGCCCAUCCCUGGUGUGGGGACCUAUGACGACUUCCACACCAUCGACUGGGUGCGUGAGAAGUGCAAGGACCGCGAGAGACACAGGAAGAUUAACAGUAAGAAAAAGGAGUCAGCAUGGGAGUUCACAAAGAGCCUGUACGAUGCCUGGUCUGGGUGGCUGGUGGUUACUCUCACCGGCUUGGCCUCUGGUGCUUUGGCUGGCCUUAUUGACAUUGCUGCUGAUUGGAUGAACGACCUGAAGGAGGGCGUGUGUCUGAGCGCCAUGUGGUUCAACCACGAGCAGUGCUGCUGGACGUCCAAUGAGACCACCUUCGCUGAGCGGGACAAGUGUCCUCAGUGGAAGAGCUGGGCUGAGCUAAUACUGGGGCAGGCCGAGGGCCCUGGCUCGUACAUCAUGAACUACUUCAUGUACAUCUACUGGGCUCUGUCCUUCGCCUUCCUGGCUGUCUGUCUGGUAAAGGUGUUUGCUCCAUACGCCUGCGGCUCUGGGAUCCCUGAGAUCAAGACCAUCCUGAGUGGGUUUAUCAUCAGGGGCUACCUGGGCAAGUGGACCCUGAUGAUCAAGACCAUUACUUUAGUGCUGGCUGUGGCGUCCGGCCUCAGCCUGGGGAAAGAGGGCCCCCUGGUCCACGUGGCCUGCUGCUGUGGGAACAUAUUCUCCUACCUCUUCCCCAAGUACAGCAAGAACGAGGCCAAGAAACGAGAGGUUCUCUCUGCUGCGUCAGCUGCUGGAGUGUCUGUGGCUUUUGGAGCCCCGAUAGGAGGAGUUCUCUUCAGCUUGGAGGAGGUGAGCUACUACUUCCCUCUCAAGACACUGUGGCGCUCCUUCUUUGCCGCACUGGUGGCGGCCUUCGUCCUGCGGUCCAUCAAUCCUUUUGGUAACAGCCGUCUGGUGCUGUUCUACGUGGAGUACCACACGCCGUGGUACCUGUUUGAGCUCAUCCCUUUCAUCCUUCUGGGAGUUUUUGGUGGUCUCUGGGGAGCUUUCUUCAUCCGAGCCAACAUUGCCUGGUGCCGGCGGCGCAAGUCAACACGCUUCGGAAAGUACCCGGUGUUGGAGGUGAUCCUCGUGGCCGCCAUCACAGCUGUGGUUGCUUUCCCGAACCCAUACACACGGCAGAAUACCAGCGAGCUGAUAAAGGAGUUGUUUACUGACUGUGGCCCGCUGGAGUCCUCGCAGCUCUGCCAGUACCGCAGCCAGAUGAAUGGCAGCAAGGCCUUCACUGACAACCCCAACCGACCAGCGGGACCCGGCGUCUACGCUGCCAUGUGGCAACUCUGCCUGGCGCUCAUCUUUAAAAUCAUCAUGACCAUAUUUACAUUUGGACUGAAGGUACCGUCGGGCUUGUUCAUCCCCAGCAUGGCCAUCGGGGCAAUUGCAGGGCGAAUCGUUGGCAUUGCCGUGGAGCAGUUGGCAUAUUACCACCAUGACUGGUUCCUGUUCAAAGAGUGGUGUGAGGUCGGAGCCGACUGCAUCACUCCAGGGCUCUAUGCUAUGGUGGGGGCUGCAGCAUGUUUGGGUGGUGUGACCCGUAUGACAGUGUCCCUGGUUGUCAUUGUCUUCGAGCUGACAGGCGGGUUGGAGUACAUCGUCCCCCUCAUGGCUGCCGUCAUGACCAGCAAAUGGGUGGGUGACGCGUUUGGCCGUGAGGGAAUCUACGAGGCUCACAUCCGUCUGAAUGGAUACCCCUUCCUGGACGCCAAAGAGGAAUUCACACACACCACACUGGCCAGGGAGGUGAUGAGGCCACGACGCAGCGACCCGCCGUUAGCGGUGCUGACGCAGGACGACCUGACGGUGGAGGAGCUGCAGGGCAUCAUCAAUGAAACCAGUUAUAAUGGUUUCCCUGUGAUAGUGUCCAAGGAGUCCCAGAGGCUGGUGGGCUUUGCUCUGCGAAGGGACAUCACUAUCGCUAUAGAAAAUGCCCGUCGUAAGCAGGAGGGCAUCAUGUUGAACUCCAGGGUUUACUUCACUCAGCACGCUCCUACCCUGCCUGCUGACAGCCCCCGGCCCCUCAAGCUGCGCUCCAUCCUGGACAUGAGUCCCUUCACCGUCACCGACCACACACCCAUGGAGAUCGUGGUGGACAUCUUCAGAAAGCUGGGCCUGCGCCAGUGCCUGGUCACUCACAACGGGAUUGUGUUGGGCAUCAUCACAAAGAAGAAUAUAUUAGAGCAUCUGGAGGAGCUCAAGCAGCAGACGGAGCCCCUGGCGGCUUCUUGGUAUUAUCACAAAAAAAGAUAUCCUUCGUCACAUGGCUCAAAUGGCAAACCAAGAUCCCGAGUCCAUCAUGUUCAACUGAUCCCCUCCUUCCAGGACGGCCAAGUGGGAGGGGGAGGCGACAGCGAGGAGGAAGAGGAGGUGCACCUCUUAGACGGCUCCAAUCUUUGACAACGUGGAUCUGGGUUUUUCUCUUUAGUUUUCAGCUUCGUAGACCCUGAACCUCACUGACUGACUGUGGCCCCCAGAGACUUACCGGCCAUGAGAUGGAAAAGACAAUGACAAACAGACUUUGUUAUUAUUGUUCUGGCUGCUGAGGACACAAGGAGGUCAUGGGUAGAAGGCGCACACACACACACACACACGAGGAAUGCACUUUUUACACACUCUCACCCAGAGAACACACACUUUUGCAGUUACAGACACCUCAAACAUGCAUGCUCUCUCCCCACACACACACACACACACACACAAACAAAUCUCUAACCUGUAAAGAUACACCCAUUUGCACUCUUCGUGUGCCUCACCCUCGUCCUGUCUCUGCUGAGGUCGUGGUGGGCGUCGCCUGGCUGGGGUCAAGGGUCAGAAUGAACCGCUGAUGAGGGAUGCGAUGAGGGACCUUGAAACCUCCAGGCUCCCGUAUUUUCAAAAAAAGAACCCCCCCCCCCCGGAAUCACCACACACCCACCAGACCUGUCCGUCCUCCAGAAAAUACAUUGUUUACCUGUGAAUUAAGUGUGAGUGAAAGUGUGUGUGUGUGUGUGUGUGUGUGUGUGUCCUUAGCACCACUACAUUCCAGCAAGGUUACCGUGGGAACUGAGAGGAAGUUAGGAGACGGCUUUAACAAGCGUGUGUCUAUCUGUGAGCGAGAGAGGGAGGUAGAGAGACAGAGAUGAGCACUGAAUUUCAAGAACAAAAAUGUUCCCAUUCAGAAGGAAAAAGGUGAAAAAGUAAGACUUUUGUGAGAGUGUUUUUAUUUCUGAGCCAGCCUGAGCUUUGUGCGAGUGUGUGUGUGUGGGUGGGUGUGUGGGUGUCCUGUCCAUUGAUUCAGUGUGAAGGCAAGUUGAGUGUAAGUAAGGAGAGAAAGAAAAAAAAAACUGUCCAGGUUGAGUUCUUUUGUGGACUCUGUUACAGGAACUAAAAAACAAAUCCAAUUUCCUUUUUCUCCUGAAACUAUUGCUCUUGUUACGACUUUUAACCGAUUGAUAUUGCUUUAAUCAGUUACCUUUUUAUGGCUUGAAGCAAAACAAAACUGGAAAUCUGCGCUGUUUGUUGCAGAGGAAGAGAAAGAUGGCGGCGUUACCACAUAGUGACAUUUUAUUUUCUUUUUGCUGUCCACGUCUUUGGGAAAUAACAUCUUACAUUUUCAAACAGAAACUAUUGUUCGAUAUUAUUCUCUUCCUCAGUUCAUCAAAGUAACUAAACACCAAGCAUUUUUCAUAGCCCCAAUAGAAACAGUUUGACACUCCAUCUGUCGUCUAAAAAAACAAAAAUAUUAAAUCUUAUAAAAUGUUUAGAAGCUGGAACCCGCUAAUGAUUAGCAUUUGCUGCUAUAAGAACAAAAAAAGUUAAUUAUUAAUCAUUAAUCAUUUAAAAGUUUCAGCACUAAAGAAAUUUAAGAACCCAAAAACCUUCAAUCCAAUCUUGGGAAGAAAAACCCUCUAGUCCUGCAGCUCCAAGCAGACUACUGUCAGUCAACAGACACAGGUCAGACUUGGCAUCUCUGAUCCUUAGACACACGCAGAUUAAACAUGAUCAGAUCUAAAAGCACUGAUAAUGGUGGAAAUACAUGAAAUUCCUGUUACUGAGUAAGUGGACCCAUUAUUUUUUCAGCUGCUGUUUCUAAGGUGAAGAGUGAACUGUAAAGCUCAAGAUUAGUUAAUUUUAUUGUUUAAAAAAAUUUUUUUUCUUUUAAUUUUUCUGUCAUAUCCUACAAAUCAUCUCACAACCAUUAAGAUCAAACAAGAACAUCUGGCUGCAUCAGUUGCAGUUUCUCAGUCUCACUCAUCCAAUUUAUUUACUACAUCUGCCAAAUGCCUGACUAAAGGCUUUCAGGGGUUUUUAGGCUUUUCACACCCAUCAUUAAUUCUAAAACCUGUAAGAAACACCUGCUACUCCCAUUGAUCUCCCCCACUUAAUCCUCAGCACGUUGCGAUCCUCUAAGUAAAAAACGAUCAAGGGAAAUGAAGCAAUGGGGAAAUGGCACCUUACCUGUAGAGUGGCAGCAGGUGUGUGUGUGUGUGUGUGUGUGUGUGAGAGAGAGAGAGAGUGUGAGUGAGUGAGUGAGUGAGUGAGGAAGGUGGGAUUCAUCCUGUGUAUGUCUUUCUGUUGCAGUGACUGUCCUGCUGUGGGUUGACAGGGAGCAGAGCAUUGUCUUUGUUAACCAGUGGUGUUGCCUAACAUUGUAUUUCAUACUGAUAUCAAUGUUUUGUUUUGUUUUUAAUUUAUGGGUAGUGUCGAUAGAGUUGUGCAUUAUUAUUAAGAAUUUUAUGUAUGAUUACAUUGAUUGUUUGAUUGUACAUUUAAAACAAAAUAUGUAAAGAUUAAAUUUUGUUUUAAAUUAAAAGGAAAAAAGUUUCAAGUUGCA